AUGAAAAGUAUUAUUUCAAAUGGAAUAUACUUAAAUGGUAAAAUUUACAAAUUUAUUAUAAGCCAAAUAAUUUGUGACGCUCCGGCAAAGGCAUUUAUUUUAAAUGUUAAAUCCUUUAACGCAUACCAUAGCUGCAAUUCUUGUAUCGACGAAGGAACAUUUAUUAAUGGCCGGAUGUCAUUUUUAGGAGUGUCUUCUCCUUUAAGAACUGACGAUUCAUUUCGUUCAAAAAAGGAUGAAGAUUACCACAAAGGACCUAGCCCUUUAGAAGAAUUUUCCAUUAAUUUGGUAUCAACUGUCGUUCUAGACUAUAUGCACAAUGUCUGUCUUGGGGUCAUGAAACGUUUACUUACUUUUUGA